GAAUGGCGCAGAAUGGACAAAAUGGCGAAUAUUACAACACCCGGUGGCUUUUCGACUCCUUAUAACACAGGCAGUGUGUCCUCAACCAAAGCACAUGGGGCAGAAUUCUUUGCAGUGGCAGCAGGGGUUCAGAUUCCUUAUGUAGGAAGCGAUGAAACUGGACUCAAUGGUAGCAGAAUUAGCACCCCUCCAUUUUCUGAAGAAUAUCCCUCCUCAAGACUAGCUCAUAGCUCUUUGGAUCCUGUAGUACCACAGUUCCCAAUCCCUCAGCAGCCCAAGGUAUCAAUUAAAGGAGAGCCUGGCCUAGCCAAACUUGCAGAUGUGUUUUCUCAGUUUCACCCUGUUCCUGACAAAAGUAGCAAGGACAUCAGCAAAUCCUAUUUGAAGAAAAUUAGCUCAGGGCUAGCCUUCAACGAAGACGUGUUGCAUGAUCGGGCACCUCAUACAUUGCCCUAUAAUGAGGAUGAGUUAAAUGUUAUAUUCAGAACUGGAGGCUUAAACCAUGCGAAAGGAAACAUUGUUGGAGUUGUUGGACGGCAUGACCCACGUGGUACAGUACGAAAGCAUGCCUUGUGCCAUUUAAAGGGACCCAGGAAACUUAAACCCUUAAGGAGGUCAAAAAGAACACCAGCGUCCUGUGCAACUGAUGCAGGGAAGCUUAUUUCAGCAACAUCUUAUGUGAAAGGAUCAUUAUCUACAGAUAAUUCUGUAUCAAAAAAAGCAUCAAAGCAGGAAUGGGAUGAAUUUGUCCUAGCAUGCUUGAGCAAAUCAACAGCUCAGUGGAUUAUAAAUGAACAGUCAUCUGGGAAUGACAAGGAUAGACUCAAAAGGUUUUUCGAAAAGAGGAUCAAGGAUACAGAAGACAAGCUACAUGUAGCAUCCGACAAUUCCUUGACACCAGAUGCAAGUGAGAGAAGGCAGAUCUCAGAAAAAAAGUCACAGCAAGCCCUAGAAAUUCAUUACACUCCUUCAUUUACUCUUCCCUCUUCUGUAGGGAGCAAAAAACUAGAAAGUGAUAACAUAUUUCAGCAGGAAUUGCUUGGUGGUGCACAACCUCUUCCUUCCAAAAGAACCUCUGAAUCCAGUUACAUUGUACUAGAUACUAAUGACAAACUCAAAUUCAAGAAGCAAUUGCAAGAAAAUUAUCCCAAAGAAUCCAAGGUUUGGUAUUCCAGCGAGAGAACAUCUAGAAAGAAAAAAGGGAGCUCACAACAGAAACCCAAAAAGUUGGUGAAAGGGUUACAGCGAUGGGAGGAACUACCAGUUGUUGUACAGGAUGAUAAUUAUGUGCCUGUCAUGAAAGACUCCAAUAUUGAUGUAAAGGCCCUGAGUAAUGCAUACAGGGAAAAGAAAAAGAUUCGUGAUGACUCAAAUGUGGUCAAGAUAGUGGAAGAGUGGAGAUCCAAGUGGUUUCUAGAGCGUCGUUGGCAGAAAUGUGGGACAGAUGAGCUGAUCAAGGCUAUGAAUGACAUCAAUGACCAUGUCAGACUAGCAGCAGUGUCAGCAUGUAGCAAGGCUGCUGAGUUACGACAGAUCAAAAAGGAAAAGCACCAUCUAGGGAUUGUUCUGGACAAGUCCAAGACACCAAGCCCACCCUUGGAGGCAGCAUUAGAACCUGAACUCAUUGAAGCUAUCACAAAGCUGUUAGACGACAGAAACUCACAAGUCAAGGUUGCUGCUUCUAUUACUCUGUAUUCACUAAACAGACCCAGUGAUAAGGCUAAAUCCAAUCUAUUGUGGGCCAUGGAACAUGGAGGCCCCCCUGAAAAGUGGGCGGCAACACAGUGCUUAGCUCUCAGCGGAGUAGUCACGGACAAAGUUAUUGUUGAACUCGUCAAUCAUCUGCAUGCUGAUAAUGCUGUGAGGACUGAAAAAGCAGGAACUUUGUUAGCAAAGCUGAGUCAGCAUUCGGAUGUUGUUCAGUCAUUAAUUGCUGAAUUGCUAAACAGCAAUAGCUGGAAAGACCGUGUAACAGCUUGUGCUGUUAUUCCCAAACUAAAUGGAGGAGUUAAUAAGGAUAUGACUCAGAAGCUGUCUUAUCUGAUGUGGAAUGACUGGAACAAAGAUGUUCGCUCAGCAGCGGCACUGGCUCUUGGGAGGACUGGAAAUGGCAAGCUUGUCCAUGAUGCACUGCGCGAGAGAAUACUCACCGGAAACGAGAGGAUUAAAGUCGACGCGUUGAAAAAGUUGUCGAACCUCGGCAUAAUGACGGCUCGUCUCCUGCCGGCCUUACAGGAGUGCUUCAAGAGUGAAUAUGUGUCUGUUAGAAUCGAAGCAGCUAUGGCCGCCGGUAAGCUAAAGAUCACAGAUAAGGGUGUACUAAGUUCACUGCUUCGUUUGGCGAGUGAGGACAAUAGCUGGAAAGUCAAAGCACAUACAAUUAAAGCGUUGGGGUCUAUUGGAGUGGUCGAUGAAAAGCUCAUCGAGGUUCUCUUGUGGGCCAUUCGUUAUGAAAAGGUUGCCGCUGUACGCGCCGAGGCCUGUAACGCUGUCGCAGUACUGGGCUUAAGAGAUCAGCGGUUACUUAGCGUCCUUCAAGAUCGCCUUGUUGUUGAGACUGAAGAAAUUGUAAAGAGAGAGGCGAUCAUCACAUUAGAAUCAUUGGGUGUAGAACCAACUGGAGACCUCGAAAUGGUGGAAGCCAUCAGACAAGAGGUCAGGCGAUUAUGCCGCAAAGACGCCAUUGUCGCGCACAUUUUACAAGAAGACCGCGCAACUGAAUACACAAGCGACUACAAACGUUUGUUCACCACUGACAAUGUAAAGGGACCUUCCACGCGUGUAACGUCACGCGCCACGAAACAAGAUUCACGAGCGGCGUCACGAGCGACUAGCGAUUCCUCGCGAGGAUGGGAUCCAAUAUUAGCCGGUUAUCAUGCACGAGAGAGAAUGUCCCGAGCACCAACCCCUGGUGAUCUUGUCAUGAGGCGCUCCUUUUUACCUUUGGACUUAAACAGUACAUCAUCUGAGAACAGCGUGGACGUAAACUUGGAUACAUGGGACGAGUUGUCCGAGAAUUCUGAAGACGAAGAGGAGUCUCGAAGCGGGACAGACCACAGUGAGGUGUGGGAGGAAGACAAUGAUAUAGAAAACGAAAGAGAUUUUCAAAUCGAGAAGAGGAUUCAAUCGGUCGACGAAGCUGCCACCACACCUGGUGUCACUUCACCGUCGAAGAUCGAAUCUUCGGAUGAUCGAGGAGUUGAAAGCACCUUGCCCUCGGCUCCCCAGGAGGAAAAUGGCGACCAAGAUGGCGACCAAAAUGGCGACACAUUCCUCGAGCUCGAAUCAAAUAAGGACGAGCCGGAACUUCUUAACCUUGCUGACGAAAACAGUGAACAUAACGUUCCCACGCCGGCUGAAUACCAACAAUCUGAAGGAGGCAUGAGAUCUAAUACGGGUUCUGUACCAUCCCAGAGCUGAAUUCCGCUGACCUCAUUGACUAAAGAUAAAACGACGAUUGAACCAAAGAAUUUUAAAACUGCAAGGUUUUGUGAUGAAUUAGUUUCUAAUCUUAUCUAUACUUGCAGUGUUCAACACUGUUGAUCCCAAGAUUCUAUUUUUAUUCGUCAACUGCUUGUCCCGGUGUUAAUAUGUCGUGACAGAUUGAUGUAAAUAGAAUAGUGAAUAUUUUAAUAUAACGUUAUGAAACGAU